AUGAUGAAACAACCAACACAGGAAAAUUUAAAGAACUUCAAGUCUCAAUUCGAUUCUGGUCUAGAAAAGAACUACUACUAUGCUACGGAGGCACUUGGACCACACUUUAGGUCUCAACUCCUCAAUGAUGUGUUGAAUGAAUAUUUUUGUCUUCAAUAUGAUGAAACAACCAACACAGGAAAAUUUAAAGAACUUCAAGUCUCAAUUCGAUUCUGGUCUAGAAAAGAACAACAAAUAGUUACCAACCAUCUUGAAACAUUGUUCCUAGGAUCAGCCACAGGGGAUAUUUUAAUGAAGUAUUUAAUGGAAGCAAUUACAAACGCUGAGUUGCCAUUAUCCAAUGUUAGCAUCAGAUGGACCAAACGUAAACAAGAAAGUCUUUAA